UGCCGGGCCAGGGUAUUUCAGGAGUGCUGGGCAGCGCAGAGAGGGGAGGGCUGCCUCUCCGUGUGGGCACAAGGCUGGCAAGCUCCUCCGCAUGCCACAACGGCUCCCCUGAUUUGGGACCAAUUUUCCUGGCUCGCUGUUUUCUGCCGGGACUUGUAGCGGGGAACACUCUGUCGGCUGCGAUUGGCUCGCUUCUGUUUGAGAGUACGGUUUUUUUUAAUCGCGUGUAGAAUUUUUUUUCUUCUUUUACGUGGGGGGGUGGGCAGAGGCCGGGAGAGAGAAGUAAAUGGCAUUACGUUUUCGCAGCUAAUCUGUGGCUGAAUGUAGACGAAACAGUAGAUGUUUGCUUAAUCAAGCCGGUAUUCUGUGAACGCGUUCCCGUUUUUUUUUUGUUAUCGACUGCUGCGUACCGAGACGAGGCAAGCAUUCCAGGGGGUUGACAAUUCUGCGCAGUGUGGUUGCACCUUGGUGCGAGGAAGACGUUCCGUUAUUCUCCGUGGUGCCAGAGAGGGCCUCAAGAAAACAAAGUCUGCGUCUGGGCUUCGAUUUAUUUUUCUGCUCUUUCCAGUGCCACUCAGAUCGUUCGAGGUUGCAGUCAGCACUCGCCUGUCUGCAAUUGCGUAAUGUGUGAUAACACAUCUGCGUUUUAGCGUUGCGGUUAGGACAUUUCAGUGGACAUUCUGUUCCACCGGGACUUAGGAAGGGAAAUGCGUACCCAAUUUUCGUUUUUUUUUGUGCCAAAGUUUAAUUAAGAUAGAGCUGUGCCCGAACAACGACUUAUACGCAACAAACGGUCAACCCUAAUUACCUUGUUGGAUGCUGGCGAUAGGGAAAUACAAUGCAGACUUGUCAACGCUUUAUGAAGGACCACGGUCAGAAAAAUACUCCUGCUGUUCUAAAUUUUCAUCUUACAUCGUUUGCAUUUAGGCGGAAUUUAACCUUUUGAACAACUAGUACGAAACGAGCUCUUCACGGUUAAUUUUUUUCGUUUGAUAUUUGUGCAGUGCCACUGGCGAACAAAAGCCAACAAUCUAAGAAGCAAGCACCUCUUCCCGAAGUGUUGCCAUUAGCUGAGCGGACCUGAAGCAGCCAGAUUUGUAGGACGAACGAAAAGAGAGACACCGACGCAGACAGCGGAGCGUUCGCUGCCCAACGCUGCUCAUCCAGAGGGCCUCCUCCUCGUCCGCCGGGACGACGCGUCGAGGACACAUGGCCGUGCGGGACGGUACGCGGCUGUCCAGCUGCUGCCUGCUGCUGCUGCUGCUGCUGGGGAUGAGCGCGUGCCGAGCGCGGGCCCAGGUCGGCGCGGGGGCCUCCUCGGCACGCGCCGGCGGCGGGGGCCGCUCCGUCGGCUCGGCCUCUCCCCCGUCGGGAGGCGUGGACGCCUCGGGCCGGCGCUACCACCGGCUGCAGCACGGCGCCUGCACCUACACCUUCCUGCUGCCCGAGCUCGUGGGGGCGGCGGCGGCGGACGGCUCCGGCUGCAGGGCGGCCCCGGCGGCGGGGGGCGGCCCCCCCUUCCCGUCGCCGUCGCUCAGCGGCAACGCCCUGCAGCGCGACGCGCCCCCGCCCCCCGCCGCCGCCGAGCCCGACUGGGCGCUGCAGCGCCUGCAGCAGCUGGAGGUGGCGAUGGAGAACAACACGCACUGGCUGCGCAAGCUGGAGGAAUCGGUGAGGGUGGAGGUGGCGCCGUCGCAGCAGCAGCAGCAGCGGCAGCAGGAGCACGUGGCCGCCGCCAUGCUGGAAAUGGGCACCAGCCUGCUGAGCCAGACGGCCGAGCAGACGCGCAAACUCACCCACAUGGAGACACAGGUGCUGAACCAGACGUCGCGGCUGGAGAUCCAGCUGCUGGAGAACUCGCUGUCCACCCACAAGCUGGAGAAGCAGCUGCUGCUGCAGACCCAGGACAUCGGGCGCCUCGCGCAGAAGAACAAGGAGCUGGAGGUGCGGCUGUGGGAGCUGGGCGACAAGCACCACGCGGAGCUGCGCGCUCUGCGCGAGGAGAAGGCCGAGCUGGAGCGACUGGUGGGGAGGCAGAGCCAGGCGGUGGGCGCGCUCGAGCGCCAGCUCGGAGCCGCCACCGCCAACAACUCGAGGCUGCAGCGGCAGCAGCAGGAGCUGACGGAGAGCGUGCGCUCCCUGCUCGCCCUGCUGCCGCAGUACGCACAGGCCACAGAGAGCAGCCACGGAGGGUCGACGGGCGGGGACGAUGAGGAGCUGGAGGAGGACGAGGAAGAGGCGGAGGAUGGGAAGAAGCCCCCGUUCCGAGAUUGCGCCCACGCUCGUCAAGCCGGAGUCACCAAGAGCGGAGUCUACGCCGUGCGGGCGUUCAACUCGAGCCAGCCCGUCAAGGUGUGGUGCGACAUGGAGACGAACGGGGGCGGCUGGACCGUGAUCCAGCGGCGGGACGACGGCGGCCUGGAUUUCCACCGCACCUGGGCGGAGUACAAGCUGGGGUUCGGCGAGCCGGCGGGAGAGCACUGGCUGGGGAACGAGCACGUGCACCAGCUGAGCAGCCAGCAGGCGCACGUGCUGCGCGUGGAGCUGGGCGACUGGGAGGGCCACCGCGCCUUCUCCCUCUACGAGCGCUUCUCCGUCGCCUCCGAGAAGCAGCACUACCGGCUGUUGCUGAAGGGCUUUGGUGGCACAGCCGGACGCUUCAGCAGUCUGAGCCAGAGUGGCGUCAGCUUCAGCACCAAGGAUGCCGACAACGACAACUGCGGCUGCCGCUGCUCACAGAUGGCGACCGGAGGCUGGUGGUUCGACGCGUGUGGGGCGUCCAAUCUCAACGGCCGCCACUACUCGGGGGGGCAGCACACGGGCAAAUUCAACGGCGUCAAGUGGCACUACUGGAAGGGCUCCAGCUACUCCCUGCGCACCACCACCAUGAAGAUCCGUCCCGCCGACUUCGACUCCUGACGCGACAAACGUCGAAUUGUCGCGCGUCUCGCGACUCGCUGCAGCUACCGCUGCUGGUUAACGGUGGCGACGCUUGCUCUGGUGGUAGACGUAUGGUUAGAGAGAAUAGGGUCAGAUGAUUUAAGUUAUCUUCAUGAGCGGGGCAUAGGAACAGAAAUUAACCGCUGCUCCUCAAACCCCCCGUGCUCACGCCCCCUCCCACGCACCCCAUCUCUUACACUCAAGAUGCUAAGGUUGCCACCUGUCCUGGUCUUUUUCCCAGGAUCGUCCUCUGUUUGAGUGAGAUUGCGGUCCUGGGGCAUCUGUAAGUCAGCUGUGCAACUAUGCCCUACGCUUAACACGGUGCAUUACAAUGUAGUUUUGCCCCCGCUUCCAGUGCUGUGAAAGACAUUCUUAAUCCCAUGACAUGUCCUGGUUUUUUUGUGGUUCAGAGAUGGCAACCCUGAUAUUGACACAAACACACAAUGCCCAAGCGUCACCGCACUCCAGUAAAAGUAUAACUGCAUUGUUUAUAGUAUUAAUAUUAGAGCUAUGAUAUUAAUGAACAGUCCAACUUUUCUUCAAAUAUAUAUAUUUUUUAUCAUGGAUACCCCUGGAGUCUUGGGGCCAGAGACAAAUAUCCCCGUUUGUUACCUCCCCUCGAAUCUGCCCCCGGUAAGAUGGCUUAAUCAUCCAAAUAACCGCUCAGUUAUUGAUGGCGUACGGCCGCGGUGACUGAUCACAAGCAGCUUGUACGGGGUUGGCAGGGCGGCGGGGGGGUGGGUGAGGGUUUGGACGACUGCAACUUGUGACGAUCACCGUUUUGUUUUUGCAACAAUUAUUUAGCGUACGACAAACACCCCCCCACCCCCCCUGCUCCGUCUUUACAUCCGCCCGCCACCGAGACUUCCUGCGUUUAUUAAAAGCUGCAGAUGUUCAGAUGCUGGGUUUUUAUUGCGCACACGAGCUUGGCAGUAAAACCUGCUCUGGGGUUGUGUGUGUUUUUUUUGUGUUUUCCCGCCGUGGUUACGUGCACGCGGUAAGAGCGCCUUAAACGCGUGCGCCUGGGCCACAUGGCACGAUAUUCGAUCUGGCGGUAGUAUUUAAAAUGGACUCAAAGCGGUUGUACGGCCACUUCCAUCCGAUUUAUUUUCGCGUUGUUUCAUCGACGCAUUUCUUUUUUUUUUAUGCUGACGAUCCACGUGCGUUUCCACAGCUACGCAUCCAAUUCGUUGUCAUGAAAAUACCAGGGCAAUAAUAUUAACAACAAUAAUUAGAAGUUCAACGUACAAACAAACGAGUUAUUCAUUAACACAUCAAUACAUGCACGUUAUUUGUUAACAUUUAUCAAUGCAACUUUGUUUCAGUCACGUGACAUUCUUGACAGUUUUCUGAAAGGCAAGCGAUUUUUAACUGACAGAUAAAUUAUUUAGCGAGUUACUUGGUGAUGCUGCUGCUGCAUAGGCAGUUAUACACAAGCACAAAUAACAAAAAAUCACUCAACACAUUCGUAAAUAACACUGUAGCCUUAAAAGAAUAAAAACGUAUACGAGGCGACGUUUUGGGCAAUGGACCUUCUCUUAAUAAUACAUAUUUUUAUUUUAAAGGCAGUGUUAUAUUGCCGAAUGUGUUGAGUUUUUUUAAUUUAUAUAAAUGAUUAAUGUUUGAUCACAGAUAUUAGGGGUGUAACGAUGCAUCCGUUUAUCAAUUGACAAUUCCCACGAUGCACCCAUCGAUGGUUUUAACGAAUUUAAGCACAUGUAGGUGAAAUGCUAAAGGUGCCGAUAGGGCUAAUGGCACGGGCACAAAUGUCAACAUAAGGUGGAAAACAUAAAUGUCUCGUAGAAAUAAGAUGGUGAAAACGGCGACACGGAAGAAACAAUUCUUGAAUGGGAUCAGAACCCCUAAUGGUGAUAAUUCAUUACAUUUCACAGGGGAUGUGAGUUUUCUUCUCCAAACAAAUUUCAGCCCAGAUGCUUCAUUAUGACAAUGCCUGCUUUUAUUUCUGGACGGCUGAUUUUCUAAAGCCGCUCUCACUACAAGUGCAGAAGCACUUUGUUUUUUUAAGUAAGUCUCGAAAAGAUUACAGACGUUAUAUAUAUAUAUGUGCGUAAUACAGUUAUAUUGCUAUCAUGUAAAAACACUUCUCAGCGUGUGGUGACUACAUUUUAACAUCAUCUUGACAUAUAUAUGAGCCCUUUGUAUAUAAUAGUUAUAUAUUAACAUUUUCUUUUAUACCGUUUUAUAUUUUAAAGGAAGAAUGUGCGUAUUCUGAUACACAAUAAAUAUGAACUGGAAAACA